AUGAAUAUCUUAGGAGAGCAGGAUAAGACACUGAAGCUGGGAGCAGAAGAGGUUCAAGAAGGAGGAGGGUGUGAGCUGGAGCCCUGCCUUGGCGAUGUGGCCUGGGAUUCCGGGUCCACCAGUGCCUGUUUCUGGGUUGCCAAGGGCACUUUGCCCCAGAUUCUGUUCCCUGAGCACCUCUCCUCCCCAAGAACUGGAAUCUUUGGCCUGGGACCUUGUAUGGUGGUGAUGAGGCAGGUACAGGGGUGCCUUGAAAUGAGGAAAGUGGAAAUCUGUUUGGAUGAGUCCCUUAUCCUAGACUGUGGCCCUAGACCUGGCAUCACUGACUGCUGGGAUUCCAAACCAACAAUCAUGCUCCAUGCUGUCAAGGAUCAGGAAGUUGGAAGCAGUGAACAGAAAGAGGAUGAAGCACUCCCUCUGAGACUUCUGCUGUGCUGGAUUGGUGGGGACCUGACAAAUUUCAUAGGUUGCUACCUGACUAACCAACUGCCUAUUCAGUUAAACAUUUUUGCAGCUCUCUGCUACAUGAACAUGAGUAUGAUCAUGCCUUCACAAUUUGCAAACUAUAAGUUAAAGAAUCAGAAGAAAAAAAAAAUCAACCUCCAUUAUACAGAUGAGCAGACUGAGGCAUGGAUAAACGGGACCAAGGCCACACAACUGGCCGACAUCACUGUAGUCUUGACAGAGUCCUUCAGACUUCAGCUGUCGGCCUUCGUCUUCCAAGCUCACACCCUCUUGUCCCUAAUUGCAUUAGCGUGA